UCAAAAAUAAGAAUCAGAAAGAGCAGUAGAUCGAAUGACUCCCCAAAUUUUGGGGAUAGGCCGAAUUUAGGGUUCCUCCCGAUCUCAGCAACCAAAAGUCAACAAAUCUUGGAUUUAGGAUUUUGGAGUUUUUCUAAUUCUUGAUUUAGUGGUAAAAUUAGGAUUUCAAUUUACAUGUUCUCAGUGAAGCGGUGAAGCUUUUGUUAGGGCACUAUAGAGCGGGUAACUGGAGCUGCCAAUGCAAAUUGAAUUGAAAUCUGAAGAAGUUUCGGUGAAUUUUGGGAUACCGAAAACGUUAAAUUGUAAGCAAAUCAAUGUCUUGGGCAAGUCCAGAAGAUAUCUAUACCUCCACUUCUCUUGCAAGUUAUCUUGACAAGAAACUUCUUGUGCUGUUGCGAGAUGGGCGAAAGCUUUUAGGAAUACUUCGUUCUUUUGACCAAUUUGCUAAUGCUGUUCUUGAAAGUGCAUGUGAGCGUGCUAUUGUUGGUGAUCUGUAUUGUGAUAUCCCAUUAGGUCUUUAUAUUAUACGUGGGGAAAAUGUUGUGUUAAUUGGUGAACUGGAUGUAGAUAAGGAGGAACUUCCUCCCCAUAUGACAUGUGUUUCACAAGCUGAGAUAAGAAGGGCGCAGAAAGCAGAAAGGGACGCCACAGAUCUUAAAGGCUCAAUGAGAAAGAGGAUGGAAUUCCUCGAUAUGGAUUGAGGUUUCCUGUUGCUUGAGCUAAUGCCAUGUCUUCUGCAAAUAUUAUCGCAGUUGCUGUGUGGUGUUUUCUGGGAUUCCUCUUUUCUCUUGUAUUCUGUUACAUAAACUGUUCAUUGUAACAUCUGCACCAUAAUUGAUAUUUCUAUUAUGAUGUUCGAGUAAAGUUUACUGGUAUUAGACAUGGUGAUGGUACGGACAGUGGUGGAUCAUAAAGAUGGUAAAACAAGUCUUGAGUUCAUCCAUUUCCUUUUUAUGCUAGUCUGGAGGAACUUUAGUUUUAUGGUAGACUCUGUAUAUGCUGUGAGAUGGGGGGUUUGGUAUUUGCCUUUUCAGAUAACAAUUACUGCUGCGUAGUUUCGUUAAUUACGUGUAACUAUUUAAUUAAGCGCAUUGCUCA